AUGGGCGGAGAAAAGUCUCCAGGAGGAGCCAGGAGCGCACACACUCCGACAUGCGCCAAUGUGGAGGCACAAGUUCAACCAAGCCACUCACACAGACUUUGCGGACUCAAGAGGAGCAGACGGCCGCCUCUCCCGGAGCUCCAGGAAGAAGACGCAAACAUGUCAGAGAGGAGGGGCCGGAAAAAGUCUGUCUUCCUGUCCUCAUUAUUGGUGUGCUGUAUGUUCGCCAGCGCUGAGUACUCGAGCUGUGGAGAGUACGAGUUCUUCAACCAGACCAGUAACAGCUGCCAGGCGUGUCCGCAGUGCCAGCCGGGACAGGAGCCGCAUAUGACAUGUGGCUACGGUGUGAAGGAUGACGACUUCACAUGUGUGCCGUGUCCCCAGGGGAAAUACUCCAAAGGGAAGUAUGAGAUCUGCCGGCGCCACAAAGACUGCGACGCCCUCUACAGGGCGACGGUGCUCGUGGCAGGGACCUCGGAGAGUGACGCACAGUGUGGAGCGUGUUUGCCAGGGUAUUACAUGCUGGAGAAUAGAGCCAGGAACCUGUACGGGAUGGUGUGUCACUCCUGCCAAAAUGCACCUGCCAACACCAAAGAAUGCAGAAGUAAACCCCCACCACCCCCUCCGGCGGAUCCAGGGAGCACCACCAUGUUCCCCUCUCGUCAUAAAGAGCCCACAGCCCAGGGGCACUUAGCAACAGCUCUGAUCAUUGCCAUGUCCACCAUCUUCAUCAUGGCCAUCGCAAUCGUCCUCAUCAUCAUGUUUUACAUCCUGAAGGCAAAACCCAACGGACACGCUUGUUGCUCCGGACAAGUGGUGAAGGCCGUGGAGGCGCAGACAAACAAACAGGAAGACAAGAAAGACGUCCCCGAUAAUGUUGUGAUCUAUUCCGAGAAGGAUGAGUUUGACAAGCUUAAAGCCCCUCCUCCAAAGACGGUAAAAAGGUCUCGGCCGACUCGCGCGGCCCCAGCACGGCCCAGAGCUCAGCAGCGACAACCGACUGUGCCUCUGACUGGGAGCUGGAGCCCUGAGCCGGCAGUACCGGGCCAUCGGCCCGGGCGCACGGCCCCCAGUCCCCCCCUUUCCGCAACAUCCACCCCCCUCCCCCGCCCUGCAACGCCCUCCCAACCCACACCCCAGACUCCAGGGCUGUUGCAAAACCGAAGAAAAAAGAUUCUGGACUUGUACGCCAGAGCCUGCGGUAUGACAGAAGGCCUGAGCCCCACUGAGCUGCCGUUCGACUGUCUGGAGAAGGCGAGCCGCAUGCUGAGCUCCUCCUACAGCAGCGAGGCGGCCGUCGUCAAAACGUGGAGACAUCUGGCGGAAAGCUUCGGCCUCAAGCGGGACGAGAUCGGCGGCAUGAGCGACGGACUGCAGCUGUUUGAGCGAGUGAGCACGGCGGGCUACAGCAUCCCUGACCUGCUGACCCGCCUGGUGCAGAUCGAGAGGCUGGACGCCGUGGAGUCUUUGUGCGCCGACGUCGUGGGCAGCAACGAGCUCACGUCGAACGGCAGGAGCUUCCACGGUCAGCUGGUCUGCCCCUCCUCCUGCUCCUCGCCCUCCCAACGCUGCGCUAGCGUCUGA